GUUCCGCGCGUCGUCAACGUAAAAGUGGGGGCGACGUUCGUUCCAGCGUUCCUCCCUGCCGCUUGGGUUCGACAGCGGACAGGCUGGUGUGUCGGCGUCGACGACGAGGCGGGCGAGGGCACGGACGAGGGGACAGACGUAUCGUGUAGAGUCGCGCGCGUCGCCUCUGUCAAACGGCCAGCACCACAGAUGUGCGCAAUCGCCACCGAGAGGAGCGUCUCCGCGUCAACGGCGCGUCCUGACAUGCUGAGCCUGGGCCCAGGUCGCGCUCGACCAUCACCGCGCGCAGAGUAUGGGGGAUAAAGAGCAUUAUGUUCACUUCAGCAGUACGAGCGGCGCCGGCAGCAACAACAUUGUCGUCCAGCCACUGCGACAUGGGCACUUGAAUGUUAAUCUAGGCUUUCUGCAGAUACAUCAUAGGUACCACGUAGAAUUCACAGUACCAUGGAAUACUUGCGUUAUUCAUCCAGAUGGAAAUCCUACGGUGCCUGCUAUACCUACGGGUAAGCCGAAUUUAAAUUGUCGAGUCAUCGAGUUCGUUCAAGACCGAGAUGAUCUUAGGAUAAAAGUCGAGCUGUUUGCUCAUGUGGAGCGAUUUUUGAAUGAAGAGUUUCAAAUAACAUGUUGUGAAAAAGGAGCUCCAUUAACAAUCUACUUGAAAGCUCGAAUAUUUGGUAAGGAGCAAGGUACGCCUAUAUUGCGCAAUGGUAUUCGUAGAAUUGCCAUAGAGCAGGACGUAGAGGAAGAUGAGAACGAAGAUGCCUCUGACUGACCUCAUUUUAUUGAGACGCCUAUAUAAAGUGGAUAAUAAUUAUAAAAAUUUUGGUUUAUA